ACUUCCAAUUAUAUUGAAAAUAAAUUACAAAAUAUUUGCUACAGUAUUAGAAUUUGCAUACUUGCUACGUUUCACGGAAUAAUCAGAAACUUCCAAGCAGCCGCAUUCGUGAAGUUCAGAUUCUGCGGCCAUGCUUUGAAGUUCAAAAAGGACUUCUUCUUUUUUUUUUUUUUUUGUCUCUGUUGAUGUAUUUGUGUAUGUAUUUCUAUGGGUGUAUGCAAACCGCCUGAAUCUAUAAUUUAUUAAUCCCAAAAAUAGUUUUUAAUCGAAAUCUCGCCAAAUAUAAAUUACCUUUUUACAUUUUUCUAUAAUCUGCACUUUUUUCAUCAUUUUCUGCCAUUCUAAGUGUAACCCAUUUUGGUAAAGCUCUGUAUCUUUCUAGAAUUUUCUUUAUAUUUGUUUCUGGGCCGUUUUGUUUAUGUAAAAUGACGAUCCUGGAGUUGCCGGAGAGUUUAGAAACGACGACGUUGAAUUCCCACCACAGCCGCGCCGCGAGUACUGUUCGGCGGAGAUCUAGUGACGUGGCAGUACUGGAGUCAGAUUCAAACUCUUUAGAGGCGGUGAAUGAUAGUGACAGCGAUGUUAAUAACACUAAUGAGAUGGGAAAUCUGCGUGGAGGAGUGGUGGAAUCGGCGCUGGAAGAGCCGAGUGAAUUGGGUACUGAAGGUUUGAGAAAUGGCAAGGAGGAGAACGAGCAGGUUCGUACCGGAGAGAGUAAUCAAGAAAUGGAGGUGUCGGCGUCGGCGAAAUUCGCGCACCGGCCGUCGGCACCGGCUCACCGGAGAAUCAAAGAGAGUCCUCUCAGCUCGGACGCAAUCUUCAAACAGAGUCAUGCGGGCCUCUUCAACCUCUGUAUAGUGGUGCUUGUUGCUGUAAAUAGCAGACUUAUUAUUGAAAAUUUGAUGAAGUAUGGCUGGCUGAUCAAUUCAGGCUUUUGGUUUAGUUCAACAUCACUGAAGGAUUGGCCACUUCUAAUGUGCUGCCUGAGUCUCCCAAUUUUUCCGCUUGCUGCAUUUUUUGUUGAGAAGUUGGUGCUACUCAAGUAUAUAUCUGAAUGUGUUGCUGUCUUUCUUCACAUUUUAAUAACAACAGCUGCUAUCUUGUAUCCGGUUUUGGUUAUUCUUAGGUGUGAUUCUGCUGUUCUGUCUGGCGUCACAUUAAUGCUCUUUGCUUGCAUUGUGUGGUUGAAGUUGGUAUCUUAUGUUCAUGCAAGUCACGAUAUGAGGGCACUAGCCAAAUCACUUGAUAAGGGUGAAACAUUGUCUGGUUAUUGGAACUCGGAUGACUCUUACGGUGCUAGCUUCCAGAGUUUGGCAUACUUCAUGGUUGCUCCCACAUUGUGUUACCAGCCUAGCUAUCCCCGUACAGCGAGCAUUCGGAAGGGUUGGGUGGUACGUCAACUCAUUAAGUUAAUAAUAUUUACAGGAUUCAUGGGAUUUAUCGUAGAACAGUACAUAAAUCCAAUUGUGCGAAAUUCUCAACAUCCUUUGAAAGGAAACCUUUUGUAUGCCAUAGAAAGAGUCUUGAAGCUUUCAGUUCCAAAUUUAUAUGUGUGGCUCUGCAUGUUUUAUUGUUUUUUCCAUCUUUGGCUGAAUAUAUUAGCGGAACUUCUCUGCUUUGGUGAUCGUGAGUUCUACAAAGAUUGGUGGAAUGCGAAAACAGUUGAGGAGCCUGUACACAAGUGGAUGGUCCGACAUAUAUAUUUUCCAUGCUUAAGGAAUGGGAUGCCAAGGGGAGGUGCUAUUUUGAUAGCGUUCCUUGUAUCUGCUAUUUUUCAUGAGUUGUGUAUUGCCGUCCCUUGCCACAUAUUCAAGUUUUGGGCAUUCAUUGGCAUUAUGUUUCAGGUUCCUCUUGUUAUCUUAACCAACUACUUGCAAGACAAGUUUCAAAAUUCAAUGGUGGGCAACAUGAUAUUUUGGUGCUUUUUCAGCAUACUAGGUCAACCCAUGUGUUUACUGUUAUAUUACCAUGACUUGAUGAAUCGAAAAGCUAGUGCAAAAUAAGGCCCUGCCACAAAUUUGCUAAACGAUGGUGAUUCCAUUGGGGGUACAAAUUGCAGCAACUGGGUUGCUAUUUCCCCACAUGUUUCCAUACUGGUUUUCGCGCAGCUUCCUCAUCUGCCCUGGCGAAGACGAGACAUGAAGGGAACGAACUAAACUUAGGGCAAUACAGUUUUGGUUGAAAAUGUAACAUAUUGGCAUUGGUUGGUUACUUUGGAUGUGGACAUUUUUAUGAUGAGAAUUUAGUAGUUUUCAUGAUAUAUAAAUGAAAUUUCCUAAUUAUAAUGUUUGAAUAAUUAAGAGCUA